AUGGGUCUCGCCGCCCCUCGCAAGAGGGUUAAGUUAUCGCACGAUCCCAACAACACAACAUGGGCCCAGUCAACUAGUGGCUUCGGCCACAAGAUAAUGACCUCUCAAGGCUGGACGCCCGGGAGUUACUUAGGUGCUCGUAACGCCAAUCAUUUCGACACCUUCACGGCGGCUAGUGCAUCUCACAUCCGAGUGACGCUGAAAGACGACACACUUGGACUUGGUGCUCGUGCUCCGACACUAGGAAACGAUAAGGUGGCUGCAAUAGAUGCAUUUCAGGGACUCUUGGGUCGGUUGAAUGGAAAGAGCGACGUGCAGCUGGAACAAGAGCAACGCAAGCGCGAUGAUACAAGGCUGGCUGUGUACGCAUCACAGAAAUGGCAAGCUGUUACUUUCAUCAGUGGCGGCUUUCUGGUCCAAGAGAAGCCCGAUGAUGCCUUGAAGCCGAAAACCAUAAAGGAACGCGGCUCACCGAACGAUGUAAUCGUCGCGGACCAGACAUCCUCCGACGAGUCAGGGGAUAACAGUGCGGACGCCGAUUCUGCUCUAAUUGAAAAUGAAGGGUCAAUUCUGCAAUCCGAGAAAGCUAGCAAAGAUACGGACGAAAAGGACAUAAAAGAGAAACGAAAGAAGAAGAAUGAGACAGAAGCGAAGAAAGAUCAAUCUAAUAAGAAGGUCAAAAAGAAAAAAGUAGAGAAGGAAAGGAGGGAAAAGAAAGAGAAAAGGGAGAAACGAGAGAAGAAGAGAGAGAAAGAGGAAAAGAAGAAAGGAAAGAAGGGCAGCUCCAAGAAGCGACGGCGUACUGAGAAGGACGUGGAGAGCGAAAGCUCGGACUCAUCAAGCUCAGACGAAGAGGUUAACAAGAAGACCAUUCAGCAAGACAUUAUCAGCUCACAAGCCCCUCGGCCUAAUUGGAGACAUGCUAUUCGUGGCCGACACAUCCAACAGAAGAGGAUGGCUAUUAUGGAUGAACGGUCAUUAGGCGAAAUUUUCAUGAUCAAAGCUUGA